CAGUUGUUGGCAGAAUAGCUAGAACUUGGGAGACACAUAAAUGAAUGCUCUUCUUGUUCACUUCAACUUCAAGAGGAACUGAAGGCAGAGUCAUAACUUUCUGGGUUCCUUAGCGAUCUUGUUUCAUUGGGAAACAUGAUUGUCUCUGCUCUGUUAACUUCACUUGGGAUCAACACUGCGCUCUGUGUGUUGUUCUUCAUUCUGUAUUCCAUAUUGAGGAAACAACCCAGCAAUUAUGAAGUUUAUGUGCCGCGCCUUCUGGCCAAAGGAACUUCUAGGAGGCAAAGCCAUUUCAACAUGGAAAGACUAAUACCUUCUCCAGGUUGGGUUGGAAAAGCUUGGAGGCUCUCUGAAGAGGAACUGUUAUCUUUAUCAGGCUUAGACGGUGUUGUGUUUAUGUGCAUUAUAACAUUCAGCUUGAAAAUUUUUACCUUUGCUGGGAUUAUUGGGAUCCUUGUCAUUCUUCCAGUAAAUUGUUGGGGAAGUAACCAACAAGAUUUCGACAUCACCAACUUCGCCAAUAACUCCUUGGAUGUGUUCACCAUAUCAAAUGUAGACAAUGGCUCUAACUGGUUGUGGGUCCACUUCUCUGCUAUAUAUCUUGUCACUGGAUUCAUUUGCUUGCUACUGUUUUAUGAAUAUAGAUACAUAUCUUCAAGAAGAAUUUCUUUUUUUUAUUCAUCCAAACCUCAGCCUCAUCAGUUUACCAUUUUGGCCCGCAGCACUCCUACUUACCCCGGUUGCAGCAUCAGUGAUAGUGUUGAGAACUUCUUUAAAGACCUUUAUCCUUCUAUAUACCUGUCACAUGUGGUUGUUCACCGCACAAGUAAAAUCCGGACACUCUUGAAUGAAUCCAAACAAUUAUAUAAAAGGAUUACUCGGUUACAGUCGGAUUCGGAUCCCACUCUGCCACAGCAUAAUUGUUGUGGCAUUUUUGGACUUUGUGGACGGAAAAGUAAUCUCCGAGAGCGUUACGAAAAGAAGUUAGAGGACAUCGAGGAGAAUGUAAGGUUGAAGCAGUCAAAGGUUUUAUUGGCAGGAGAAGAAGCUCGAGCUGCCUUUGUGUUCUUCAAAACUCGUUUUGGAGCUGCAACUGCUUCCAGUUUGCAGCAGUCCAUCAAUCCCACCCUGUGGAAUACUGAACUAGCUCCAGAACCUCAUGAUGUUUACUGGCCUUUCUUUUCCGAGUCGUUCAUGCAAAGAUGGAUUUCUAAACUGGUCGUUGUAGCUGCAAGUAUUCUUUUCACCAUUUUAUUCCUUAUACCUGUUGUGUUUGUGCAAGGGCUUACCAACCUUAGUCAACUGGAAGUUUUAUUUCCCUUCUUGACUACUAUUCUGACAAUAAAAUUUGUGAGUCAAGUGAUUACUGGAUACCUUCCCAGCCUUAUUCUCCAGUUGUUUCUGAAAUUAGUGCCACCUGUUAUGGAGUUCCUUUCCUCCAUUCAAGGACACAUCUCGCAUAGUUCUAUCGAAUUGAGUGCAACUAAGAAAGUUCUGUGGUUCACAAUAUGGAAUGUGAUUUUUGCAACUGUGUUUUCGGGGUCAGUUCUAUCUAUGCUGUCUAUUUUGCUUGAUCCCAAGGGCAUUCCUUCAAAGCUGGCUGCUGCAGUUCCUGCGCAGGCAUCAUUUUUCAUUGCUUAUGUUGUCACAACAGGAUGGACAAGUGUGUCAUCAGAACUAUUCCGUAUAAUCCCUCUGAUUUUCAGUUUAAUAAGAAGGCCUUUCACAAGUCCGAGUGAUGAAUUCGAAGAAGUCCCAUCUAUUCCAUACCACAGGGAUGUUCCAAGGAUCCUUUUCUUUGGACUUCUUGGCAUUAUCUAUUUCUUUCUGGCUCCACUGAUUUUACCAUUCCUAUUGGCCUAUCUGUGCCUGGCAUACAUCGUGUUCCGCAACCAGUUUAUGAAUGUAUAUGCACCAAAGUAUGAAACUGCUGGGAAAUGUUGGCCGAUCGUGCACAAUUCAAUGAUAUUUUCGAUGGUACUCAUGCACAUCAUUGCAGUGGGAAUCUUUGCACUGAAAAGACUUCCCCUAGCGUCCAUUAGUCUCCAAAAUUUUUUACAUGAUGUGAACUCUAAUAGUGGUGAUUUUUGCCAUGAAUCUAAGACUCGGUUUGGUUCUUUGUCAGAGUUGAAGAGCCUAAUAUUGACGAGUUUGGGUGAUAAUGGAACAAAGGAAGUUGGAAGAGUUGGAUAUAUGUUGUUAGCACCGAUGGGGAGUAGAGUAUUUCGGUUUCAUGUUUUUUGGUUGGAUGGCAAUGUGCAUGUGAGAUUGAUGUUUGAUGUCCAUGGAAGAAUCAUGGCCCAACAAGUGAUGGAGCUUUUUGCGGAGAUUGGUGACGUAGGUGGUGAUAGUUCUGGACACUCGAAUUUUGUCUAA